UGUCCACCAAUCAACAGCACGAAGGAAGCAUAUAUUUAGAAGAGAAAAGAUUUCAUUUAGUGUGUGAAAGCACGGAUAUUAUUUUAAAGCGAUUGAAAAAUUUAGAGAAAAACUACUCACCAAAAAGAGAUUCCAAGUAAAGUUCACUAUGCUUUCGCAGUUCUUUAUCCUCUCAUCGCGCGGUGACACGUUGGCCUUUCGUUAUUUUCGCAGUGAUGUCGUUCGUGGUACGCCGGAGAUAUUCUACCGUCGCAUAAAGUCGUUUAAAUCCGCUCACCCCAACCCAGUUUUUAACGUUGAAGGGACACAGUUUAUACACAUCGUUCAAUCUGGUCUGUAUUUUGUAUGUACAACUACCCAGAAUGCAUCGCCUGUUUUCGUUUUGGAGUUAUUGAACAAAAUAGCAUGUGUGUGUAAGGAUUAUUUGGGCGUUCUAAACGAAGAAGCUCUUAGGGCUAAUUUUGCUCUUGUUUACGAAAUAUUAGAUGAAAUAUUGGAUUUUGGGUACCCACAAUGCACAUCCACAGAGUUGUUGAAGGAAUACAUAUUUAACGAGUCGCAUCCUUUGCAAGUAAACCGUCAACCUUUAAGUCAAUUCACACAGGCUAGUGCGGCCACUGUGUUCGGGGCGGAGAAACGUUCCACGCCCAGUUCUGCUCCCAACAAAUCAGUCCUGACGCCAUACAACAAAACCAGUGGAAUGAAAAACGAGGUUUUCAUAGACAUGCUGGAAAAUUUAACAGUUCUGGUCUCGGCUACCGGACAUGUAGUUCGCUCUGAGAUUGAUGGAUGCAUUAAAAUACGAAGUUUUUUGGCCGGAAACCCAGAAAUCCGAAUUGGGUUGAAUGAAAAUUUACGUGUUCGCAACAGCCAUUGUGCGACUACAAGUUUGGGUAAUGAAGUCACGUCAAUUCUGCUCGAUGAUUGUUGUUUUCAUGAUUGUGUUGAUAUGGAUGAAUUUGAUCGCAGCCGAACCUUGGUGUUUAAACCACCCACGGGGGAGUAUUCUGUGAUGACUUACCGAAUGAUGGGCGAUGUAAAUUUGCCAUUCCGAAUACAUCCUUUUAUGGAAGUGCUCGGUGAAAAGCAAAUAGUGUUGCGUUUAAAGCUAUCAUGUGAUAUACCGAAAAUGUUCAAUGCUGUCGGUGUUACUGUUUCGGUGCCGGCUCCGAAGUCAACGGAGAAUGUGACGCACGAGGUCACCUCUGGAACGAAUUCAUUGGAAUACAAAGCAAAGGAGAGAAUAGUUUAUUGGAAUUUGAAGAAGAUGGUUGGAGGAUCCGAACAUAGUGCGAAUAUUAAAUUUACGGUACCGAUCGUGACAAAUAUGAGUAAAAAGGAAGUGGGUCCGAUUAGUUUGAAAUUCGAAUUGCCAUUGUUUGUUUGUUCGAAACUUCAGAUUAAACAUUUGAAAAUUACAGAACGAGAUUCUAUGUACACACCGAUGCGAUGGGUUCGGUAUAUUACACAUAGUGACUCGUAUGUUACUAGAGUAUAGUUCUUUUCUUAAUUUCUCAAUUUUUAUAUAUAAACUUUUGAUAUUUUGACAUUUUCAGUGUAAAUUUGUAGUUGAUAAAUGUGCGCGAAAUUGUCACUAAAUUCGUGAACUUUUUUUAAAAUGUAGUAAUACUGGCCUCCUUUUCAUAACGAGGCCAAUACAAUUAAUAGUAAGUUGUUUACUUUUGAGUUUCUAACGAGAAUUUCUAAUUGGUAAUGAACGAACUGAGUUUGGGAAAGAUCUAUUAUAAUAACUUUGAAAUAAAUUUUAAAUGUCCUUAAGUAGAAUUUGUAUAUAUUUUGUUAAGGCAAGCUUUACUUAAAAGGUAGAUUCAUUUCAACUUUGAAUUAUAUAA